AGACCUUCGACUCUGAGGUUUCUGCAAAACCAUUCUCGCCUAUCGCUCCAUGUCACGCGAUUCAAUUCACACUCAAGCAAGCGAUUGUGCCAUAGUUCCAUAGCUUGACUGUUCUCUCGUUAUAGCUUCUCUAUAUUCUUCGAUGAGAAUUCUUAAUGUUUCGAUCCAAAAUAACUUACCAACUCUAUCUGGAAUCCCAGUUUUCUAUGGCAUGAAAGAUUUGAAAGGCAAAUUUUCACUUAAGCCCAAAAUAACCAGCUCUAGAUUUCACAGAAACGCAUUUCCAAUCUAUGCAUCCAUUUCUAGCAGCAGAAAUUUUCAGACUUGGGCGCACUUCGGCCGACCCACCAAACGCCGCAACUCGCUGAGGAAGAAGCUCCUUAAGGACCAGCAGGUGCGUCUAAAUGAGAAUCUCACUGACCCAAAAUCUGAUAGAUUUAGUGAUAUAGGCAGUUUAGAGGAGAACUCGAAUAAUAAUGGAAUGGAAGAAAAAGAAGUUGCUAAGGGAGUGUCUGAUCACAAUGGGAUUGAAAACGUUAUGGUAGAAAAAGAAAAAUCGAAACUUUUGGGCGAAUCUGUCUUGAUGGAUAAAUUGGAGAAUUGGGUAGAUCAGUACAAGAAGGAUGUUGAGAAUUGGGGCAUAGGGUCUUAUCCAAUAUUUACAGUUUAUCAGGAUUCUUCAGGGAAUGUUAAACGGGUGUCAGUUGAUGAAGGAGAAAUAUUAAGGAGAAGACAAGUUCGGCCAGAAGAAAUUGAGGACUUUCCAGAUGUAAAUUACAAAAUAUUGUCUGCCAAAAGAUUGGCUAAGGAGAUGGAGAAUGAUAAUAAUGUCAUACCAAAAAAUAGUUCUGUAGCUAAGUUUGUGGUUCAAGGCGAGGAGACUGGUUUCGUCAACACCAUCCAAGGUUUUGCCAGUCAACCGGACUUGCUCCCCAAGCUUUCACGAGUUGGUAGCAGAGUGUUGUGUGUUUUUGUUUUCAUGUGGGCACUGAAAGAACUAUUUACUUUCAAAAACAAGGAAACUCAAUACACAGAAAUGGAGAAAGAAAUGAUGAGGAGAAAAAUAAAGUCAAGACAGGAGAAACAGAUGUUGAAGGGCACUGUGGAGGUUAUUUCAGAAGCUUCAGAGCCAUCAAUGUUACACAUUGAAAAGCCCAAGUUAGAUAAGGAAAAGCUCAAGAAUAACAUCAUGAAAGCCAAAGCCUCUGCUGAUAAAAUUGUAGUUGGGAAUUCAUCCUUUAAAACGACAGCCACAUCUGAUGAGAUGACCUCUAAAGUUCAAGAAAUCAGAGAUAUGGCUAGGAAGGCUCGGGAAAUUGAAGGAAAAAUUCAGUCCUUAGGUAGCACCAGUAGGGAGAUGGAUGACUUGCUCAAUGGGGAAACUUCUAAUGAGGUGGAUGCUGUCCAUAAGCUCACUGAAGAUGAUACUAGUUCAAGUAAGCAUCAAAAUGAUGUUGUGGGUAAAACAGUGGAUAUAGAUGCAACUCUGCAAACACCAUGCAUAGAUGUUACGGAAAAAUUGGAGAGUUCAUUUUUGCAUGACGUAGUUCUUGCAGAUAGAUUUAAGCUGGAAGCUUCAAAUGUAGCGGAUUCGAAUGAUAAAGAACCCAAUAAACAGGAAACAGAACUUUCUCAAAAUGACUACAUCAAAGAUUCUGAGGUUGAACAUGAAGUGGGAGAUCCACAGGAUUCUGAGACCUCUUUAGACCGUGAAGUUAAUGGUGUCAAUACGGAGACAAAUCUAUCAGCAAAGACAGAAAGUUGGUUGGAGAAGAACUUUGAUGAAGUUGAGCCCAUAAUUAAGAAAAUCAGAGCUGGAUUUAGAGAUAACUAUGUGGCCGCAAAAGAGAGGGUUGAUCAACCUUUAGAUAUAACUACUGAGAUGGAACCGCUUGAAGAUGGUGGAGAAUUUGAUUGGAUGCAAAAUGAGCAUCUUAGAGACAUUGUCUUUAAAGUCCGUGAUAAUGAACUGGCUGGGCGUGACCCAUUUUAUUUGAUAAAUGAUAAAGAUAAAGAAGCAUUUUUCAGAGGUCUUGAGAAAAAGGUGGAGAAAGAAAAUACAAAGCUUUCUUACCUCCACGAAUGGCUUCAUUCAAAUAUUGAAAAUCUUGAUUAUGGAGCAGAUGGCAUUAGUUUAUAUGAUCCACCAGAGAAAAUCAUACCACGCUGGAAGGGGCCACCAAUUGAGAAAAUUCCUGACUUCCUCAAUGACUUUCUCGAACAAAGAAAGAAAAGUUCCACCAGCAAGAUGAAGCCCGUGAAGAAUGAUGAUAAUGGCUUUGCUGAAAAUUCAGCUGCUGUAUCUUCUCAUGAAAACGUUAGAGACUACGUAGCAACCAGGGAUUUAAUGAAAGUUCACGAUAAGAAUCAGAUAAAUUCAAAGACUGUUGUUGAAGGGAGUGAUGGUUCUGUCAAAGCUGGCAAAAAAUCAGGGAAGGAAUAUUGGCAGCACACAAAGAAAUGGUCCCAAGGGUUUUUGGAAUCUUACAAUGCUGAGACAGAUCCAGAAGUUAAAUCAGCAAUGAAAGACAUUGGGAAGGACUUGGAUCGAUGGAUUACCGAAAAAGAAAUAGAUGAGGCUGCUGAAUUGAUGAACAGGAUACCUGAUAGGAACAGAAGUAUUUUAGAAAAGAAGCUCAACAAAGUUAAAAGAGAAAUGGAAUUGUUUGGACCACAAGCUGUGGUGAGCAAAUAUCGUGAAUAUGCAGACGAAAGAGAAGAAGAUUACCUAUGGUGGUUAGAUCUUCCUUAUGUACUGUGCAUCGAAUUGUAUACAGUUGAUGAUGGAGAACAGAGAGUAGGUUUUUAUUCUUUAGAGAUGGCUAAUGAUCUUGAAGUCGAACCUAAGCCACUUCAUGUGAUUGCUUUCCAAGAUGCUGGUGACUGUAAAAGUCUUUGUUACAUCAUUCAGGCUCAUAUGGAUAUGCUUGGAAAUGGCCAGGCCUUCGUUGUUGCGCAACCCCCAAAAGAUGCUUUCCGAGAAGCCAAAGCAAAUGGAUUUGGUGUUACUGUCAUCAAGAAAGGGGAACUUAAGCUCAAUAUAGAUCAACCUCUUGAAGAAGUGGAAGAACAAAUUACUGAAAUUGGCAGCAAAAUGUACCAUGAUAUGGUUAUGAAGGAGCAGUCUGUGGAUAUAAACUCAUUAAUGAAAGGCGUAUUUGGUUUCAAUGACCGCUCCAUUAAGAGGUUGAAGCGAAAGAUGAAGAAACCCAGCAAGUGAUAGCGACUCUUGACAUGGCUGAGAUUGACGUUGUCGCCAUUUGAAGACAAACCAGAGUUUUACAGGGGAAACAUUCACAAUUGAAGAAUGAAAUUUGAUAAACACAGCGAAGGACAAAACUUUGGUUCAAUUUUCACAUGUUUACUAUGAGGUUCUCCAAUAAAAACGUGACAAGUGGAUAUCUUAUAACAAUUUAGCACUAUAUAUGUUGAGUCUGUUAAACAAGUUUUUCCACGUGUCAUUAUUUUUUCUGAGAGAACCUAAUGCCUAAACACUCAAUCAAGUCCCAUGGAGAAUAGAGUUGCGUGGCCUGUUGGUCUUCCUCUGGAUUAUGUUAGACCCUGGCGGAGCUGCAAAACAGAGAUCAUCAGUUGCUCAAUGGCUGAGAAGAAGGAAGACAUGGUAUGAACCUUCAAGCUUUUUUGUAUUUGUUUGUAGUUGAGAAAAUUAUGGCUAAUUAGCUAUUGUAUAAGUCCUAUAUAGAUGUUGCUGUUGUUAUAGAUGGAGUUACUUUCUGUCUUUGUACAUAGGGAUUAUGCUUGUGUUAUGGUGGAUCCAAAGAUACUUGUGCUCAUAUACAAGAGGGAAAGUUAUUUGCAGCAAGUUGCUUCUUUCCAGGCCAAAAAA